CCCAAAAUCUUUCAAUUCUCUCUAUAAUAUGCCUUCCUUACGAGCUUCGCCUCUGCUUAAUUACCCUUUAUCAUCUUCACCUUCUUCUCUAAAGAGAACCAAUUAUUCUAUCAAUGUCCCCAAACUACCUCGAGUCUCCUUUUCCGUUACAAAAGCUAUAGCAUCAUCGAGGAGAAUUGUGAUGCAUGAGUUCGACAAAUUCACAGUGAGAGAAAAAUCCCCAUUAUUGCAAAAGAAUACGCUAUAUGAUCCAGAUCUACAUAGCCCUACAAAUUCUAAGGCCACAGUUCAUGUUCAACUCUAUGCCAUCUUGGAGGCUGUGGCUGACAGAAUUGAAAUGCAUAACAACGUGGGAAAACAACGUGACAAUUGGAACACGCUGCUUUUAAACUCCAUCAACAUGCUAACCCUCACGGCCUCAACCAUGGCUGGUGUUGCCGGCACGAGUGGUUGCGACGGUGCACCCCUUUUGGCUCUUAAACUAUCUUCUGCUCUUUUGUUUUCAGCAGCCACGGGAAUGCUACUUGCCACCAACAAAAUCCAACCCUCGCAACUCGCCGAGGAACAAAGAGUCGCAGCAAGACUGUUGAAGCAGAUUCAGACACAGAUCCAAACCACAAUAGCAAUUGGAAAUCCAACUGAAGGUGAUGUGAGAGACGCAAUGGAGAAGGUUUUGGCGUUGGACAAAGCUUAUCCACUUCCCUUGUUGGGGGGAGCAAUGCUUGAAAAGUUCCCAGAAAAGUUUGAAGCUGCUAGAUGGUGGCCUAAAAGUAGAAGCAAUUAUGACACUGGGAAGAUUGAGAUUGAGAUUAAGAAUAACAAUAAUAAUGGAUGGAGUGCGGAGUUGGAAGAGGAAAUGAGAGAGGUUAUUGAAGUGGUGAAGAGAAAGGACGCGGAAGAUUAUGAGAGGUUGGGGAACAUUGCACUCAAGAUAAACAAGGGUUUAGCUUUAUCAGGACCUUUGCUUACAGGAAUUGCAGCAAUAGGAUCUAUGUUUUUGGGAGAUGGAUCAUCAUGGGAAGUGUUGGUUCCUGUGCUUGGGGCGUUGGCUACAGUGGUUAAUGCGUUUGAGCAUGGAGGGCAAGUUGGCAUGGUGUUCGAAAUGUACAGAAACUGUGGUGGAUUUUUUCAGCUUUUGGAAGAGACAGUUGAAGCCACAAUGGAAGAGAAGGAUUUGGAGAAAAGAGAAAAUGGGGAACUGUUUGAAAUGAAGAUGGCUUUGCAAUUGGGAAGAAGUGUUUCGCAGCUGAGAGAACUUGCCUCAAAAUCUGCUUCAUGUCGUAUGGAAGGGAGGGAGAUAGAUGAAUUCGCCAGCAAACUCUUCUAAGAGAUCAACACUAAUUCUUUCUUUGAUUCUAUGCAUGCCAUUCUUUCCUUUUAUUCUUUUUUAAUGUAUAUAAUACAUGUAUAGUCAUUUGACCUACAAAUAUGAGAGGCUAUGAAAUGUGGAUGUACAUUAAUUUACACGGGAUAUAUAAUGUUUAUUUCACAUUAAUUUUA